AUGUCUUCUGGUCAAAAUACAGAUGAUGAAUUCUUCACAAAACUGGAGAUAUAUGAUAAAUUACGUAAAUGUUGGAAUGUAAUUGAUAGUCAAUGUUACAAUGAUACCAAAAAUGAGAAGAAAGAAAAAAAGAAAUUAAAACCUGUUAAAGCAGGAGGAUGGAGAACUGUUCGAAUAUUUGUAUCUUCAACAUUUACUGAUUUUUACAAUGAAAGAGAAAUAUUGGUGAAACAGGUGUUUCCAGAGUUACGGGAAUGGUGUGAAAGCAGAAGAAUUCAGUUAAUAGAUUGUGAUUUAAGAUGGGGUGUACCUAAAGAUACCACUACUGGUGAAACCAUAGCUAUAUGUUUAGAAGAACUAGAUCUUUGUCAUGAAACAAAUGAAGGGGAACCUUUCUUUUUGAAUAUGACUUGUGACAGAUAUGGCUGGAUACCAAGUGACACAGAUAUACCAGAUGAUGUUAAAGAGAAGUAUAAUUGGAUACAUAAUACAUCUAUAACAUUCAUGGAAAUAAUGCAUGGUGCUUUACGAAUAUUAGGAGCUUAUAAAAAUGAUAUAUCAGCUCUCAGAAUAUCAGAAGCUUAUAAAAAUGAUAUAUUAGCUCUCAGAAUAUCAGAAGCUUAUAAAAAUGAAAUAUCAGCUCUCAGAAUAUCAGAAGCUUAUAAAAAUGAAAUAUCAGCUCUCAGAAUAUCAGGAGAUUACAAUAUUGAUAAAUUUAUAAAAUUCCUAAUAGCUGCAUUUGUUAAUUACAGUAAUAAAGGUAAUGAUAAUGCAGUAUUUUUUGUAAGAAAUAAAGACUUUAUUAAAGACAUACCAACAGAUCAACAAGUCAAAUUUAAAGAUACAGACACUUAUAGUCAAGAACAAUUAAGGCUUCAAAAAUCUAAAAUUAGGGAAUGUUUUCCUCAUCAAGUAUUUGACUAUAGUGUGAAGUAUAAUGGUUUAAUGGAUGUCAUGGGGAAACAAAUGGUUUCAGUAACUAGUUUACAAACAUUUGCAAGUGAAGUUCUAGAUUUCUUCAAAACAGCAAUCAGCAAGAAAUAUCCUUCACCAAAACAAGAAAACAUCUCUAUGGAAGACAUAGAGAAAGAUCUACAAUGGAGUUUUAUAUCAGAGAAAGCUGAAUCUAUGAUAGGUAGAGAAUGUGAUAUACAAACUUUGAUUGAUGUUACUAAAGAUAAAAACAAUGAUGUUGAAUUAAGAGAUAAAACAGACCCCAAUGCAAGAAAUAUAGAAGGAUGGAAUAUACAAGAAGAUGAUAACAAACUAUUUAUAGUAGAAGGUAAAAGUGGUUGGGGUAAAACAUCACUAUUAGCUAAAGUAACUUCUAUACUUGUGAAUGAAGAUGCAGAUAUAUUUUAUCAUUUUUGUGGUAGUACUAAUUUAAGUAGACAAGAAGAUAAUUUGAUGCAGAGAUUGAUAGACUUUUUACAGCCAUCUCAAUCAGAAACACCACAAGAAAGUGAAAAGGAUAGGAAUGAUGCUGGAGCUAACAGUCAAGACAAAACUACUGAUUGCCACGAAAAUGGUGAAAAUAAUUCUAAAGCAGAGAGCGCUGAAGAAACAAAUAAGAAAAAACCAAAGGAACUUUUACAAGAAGCCUUUAGAAAUGUCAGGAAUUCUAAAAGAAAAAUGAUUCUGAUAUUGGAUGCAGUGAAUGAGCUAACUAGCAUGGAUCUCAGAGAACAUUUAUUCUGGUUAUUUCCUAGUACACCAAAUAAUAUUAGAUGUAUAGUGAGUUCUAACCAACAUAAACCAACUCUGUCACGUCUAGCCGAAUACCCUACAUAUUGGUAUACAUUACAACCAAUGAAUGAAUCAAAUCUUAAAGAAUUAGCUAUCAAUUACCUUGGCAACUAUAAAAAGAAACUAGAUGAUGAACAGUUAAACCUGUUGAUACACAACACAGGGGCAGAUAAUCCACAAUGGGUCAGAUUAAUGUGUGAAGAGCUACGUGUUUAUGGUGAUUUUGGUAGUCUAACAAAGAAAAUAGAAGAAUUACCUAAAACAUUAGAUGGUUUAUUUAGUGUGAUCUUCUCAAGGCUAUUAACAGAAGAUGUUACUGGCUGUAUUAAAAAGACAUUGUGCCUGAUAGGUGUUUCAUAUAAUGGACUACCAUUGGUUGAUAUAUUAAAAAUAUUGGGCGAUAUUGUUAAAAAUGAAACUAUACAAGCACCACCAUUACAUUGGGCACAAGCCAGACGUCAUUUAAAGCCUUACAUCAGAACUGUAGGAUAUCCUCAUGAACUACUAACAUUUUCCCACGAGUCAAUAUGGAAGGCCGUAGAGAAGAUUUUAUUAAGUAAUGCUAGUGAAAAAGCUAAAUGGCAUGUUAGUUUAGCAGACUAUUUUCAAAAUACAUGUGAGAAUUCUACAUUACGUACUCAAUGUAUUCCAUUCCAUUUAAAUAGAGCUAACUUAGGAAAAAGAUUAGUGAAAUUUUUACAAAGUGAUGUUGAUGCUACCAGAAUUCCUGAUUUUACCAGAAGUAGUUAUUUACAGGAUUUUCGUUGUGAAAGCAUGCCAAGUAAAACAGUUAAAAUAUGUACAUUUUGUUCAUACAGUUACGUUGAUACUAAAGAGGAUUGUUUAUGGAAUGGAGUAAAUAGUUGUAUUGUUUGUGGUAUUGAACGAUUGAGAUGCAACAGUUCAGCAAGUCCCCAAGUACCUGGUACUAAAGAAGCCAAAUUUUGUGCCUUUUGUUCUUGUAAAAGAGGGUUGUUUAAAGCCACUAAAUUUUGGCAAUCUAAAGACUGUUGUAUAGUAUGUGGAGCUCAUGCUUUUGGUCAUCAAGUGUAUUAUGGAAGAAUGUGUUCUUUUCACUCUACUGGGGCACCAAAUACAUCUAAAUGUAUUGUGUGUAAUAAUAUUAUAUUUGAUAAACAAUCUAUGAAUGUCAGUAAAGGUAAAUUAUGUAAUCAAUGUGGUUUUGGUAAUUAUUCUAAAACUUGUUGUAUUUUAAACCCCAGAACCUAG